UCUCUAGCCGCCCGCCCGGAAGCAGCGGCGGGGCCGCGCCAUGGCGGGGACGGCGCUGAAGCGGCUGAUGGCCGAGUACAAGCGUGAACCAAACCGCAGCCGCCUCUGUUACCUGAAAGAUAGUUAGAUACCUUUGUCGAGGCCUUAACGGACGCAUGGCGGUUAGUAACUGCAUUUAAACUGGAAUUUACUGAUCGGCGGCCCAGACUUGUUUGUUGUUUAAAAAUCUCCGUGAGAUGUGACUUGCCGGGGGUGUGGAGCCGUGAUCUUCCCCGGGGGAGCGGGGACCUGCCGCCGCCGCCUGCGUCCCUCUGGGACAUCCCGUCUCUCCCGAGAGCUGACCCUGAACCCACCGGAGGGAAUAGUAGCAGGUCCCAUGAAUGAAGAGAACUUCUUUGAAUGGGAAGCUCUGAUUAUGGGUCCUGAAGACACCUGCUUCGAGUAUGGGGUUUUCCCUGCUAUUCUGAGCUUUCCACUCGACUACCCGUUAAGCCCUCCGAAGAUGAGGUUCACGUGCGAGAUGUUCCAUCCGAACAUUUACCCAGAUGGGAGAGUUUGCAUCUCUAUUCUUCAUGCUCCUGGGGAUGAUCCCAUGGGAUACGAGAGCAGCGCUGAGCGGUGGAGUCCCGUGCAGAGCGUGGAAAAGAUCCUCUUGUCGGUCGUUAGCAUGUUGGCAGUCUCUCUCGUUUCAGAGCCAAAUGAUGAAAGCGGAGCCAAUGUAGACGCCUCCAAGAUGUGGCGGGAAGACAGAGAACAAUUUAACAAAAUUGCCAAGCAGAUUGUGCAGAAGUCACUUGGACUUUAAGCUCCCAGAGAGACUGAAGUGUUUUGUAUUUCUCUCCACCUGAAAACGAGCAGUGCUCAGUGCUGGUACCAAAAAGGAAAACUUUGUAAAACUAUUGGCCUAGUUCUUCUUAUCAUUCGUUAUUUAUUUACCAUCCCUUUUCUUCUUCCACUGCUCCAGAGAAGCCUCUAGUUCACUCACUAAAUUGUGUGGAAAAGGGAUUUAAUACUAGGGAAAAAUAUGGAGACAAUGCUGUUUCAAAGGGCUGCUUGUUGCUACCUCACUUCACGGUAUGGAGAGCUUGGAGACUUUGCAAUCUGCAGCCCGCCUUCGCCAAUCUGCUGUUUGAGAACAGAGCUGGUUUGGACCGCUUGCUGGAAGAAUUAGUUGUGUGUUUUUCUAGGUAGCGUUGCAUCUGGAGCACCGGUAGACAGGAAAUAAUCUAUCAGUUUUGUGUUACUCCCUCAGUUAAGGACAGCGUUUGCAGUCAGAACUGAUUCGAAGUGUAUAGUUAGCGAGAGAGGCUAUAAAACAAGGUUCUAGUCGGGAUGCGUUAGCAAAGCAAGUGAUUGUGCAGCACGUAACUUCAGGAGAAGAUCGAGGGAGUUGUUGUCAGUGGCUGGCUGGGGUCUGGAGUGGGCUGGUGUUCCCGUGUAACACUGUGACUUUGUAUUGAGCCUUUGAGUCAGUGUUUGCUUGGAAGAAAUCCCAAGAGCUGCUUUAUUGCUCCUUAAAGACACUCAGUUGUAAACUUUGCAUUCAAUGAGAGGUGCAAGAUGUAAAGGCUGGAUUCUUACACGCUUUGGGCAGGUUCACCGUGGGCGAGGUAAGUCGUUGGCAGCCUGGAAAUCCAGUGAGGAUGUGUCCGCUCCGCUGGGCAUGUAAAAUAUCUCUGCCAGAAUGUCAGCUCCUCCUCUGUUGACAUUUGGGUGCCGGGAGGAUUAGGCACUGCUGGCCUUUGCCGUUCCAGCCCAGGUCACCCGUUCUUCAGGUGAAUAAGUGAAAAACUUCACGUGGUGAAUUUUGUAAAAUUAACUGUAACGUUUCUUUAUGCUGACUGCUCUUGUGUAUUUAAAUGUGGGUCAGAGAAGAUACCGACCGUGUUUUCUAGAGGAUGGUACGACGCAUGUUUAAAACUGCAGAGUAUUGUAGCCAACUGCUGGCGUGGAGGGUGCAGGAAAUCCCAGCUGCAACGAUCACUUUGUAAAACUGCUUGGGGGGCCACCUCUGUGCUUUGCAAAGCAAAUCUCUUGUGUAGGUCCAAAUCUUCUCCAAUUUACUGCAAGCAAUAACGUGCCCAUUGAUAGCACACAGAAUCAUACUUUGUUGGCAGCUUCAGAUUUGAGAAGGGCUUUUUUUAUCUGUGAAAAGCGUGUGACGAGGAAGGAGUCGCACCGUGGAGAAAGCUUUACGGAGGUGUGUUUGCAUGCAUGUGUGUUCAACUCGUCAGUAUUUAUGUCUUGCUGUCCGUGCUGCAGAUCACAGUAUGCCGUCGUUCUGCACCUCUGAGGAAUUUCUAUUGCUGCAACUUGCUGAUGUUACCUCCCUGUAGAAGUAAUUCUUCUUGCUUCACCGUAAGGGUAGGAAGGGGACCUGAUGUAGUUUGGGAGCAGAGAUGAUGAAAUAGUGUUGUACCUAACUAGUAUUUCAAGGCAUACAGGAAAAUGUAGCACUUAUAUUCAAACUGAGAGCGUUGGUUGAAUUGUAGUAGAUGGAGCGUUGCUCCUGGGAGUACUGCAGCCGCUUUUGGAAACACCGCUGGAGAGCUGCGAGCGCCACGUGGCAAACGAUGGAUCCAGCAGACGUGGCCAAAGUGGGCUUUUUGGAAGUGCGGAGUAUUUUAUUCAUGUGUGCUCACUCGUUAUCUUUAUUUUAUGGUGGGAUUUAGUCUGUAUACUGAAAAUAAAGUGAUUAUAUUUUCUCCUUUCA